CUGACCAGUUUUUGCGUGUUUUGAAUUUCGAAGGAGGUCCUUCGCUCUCAACGUUGGGUGGCACGGAAGAUGUACAUUUCAACUCUCACGACCAAACUCUGGCUUUCGUUCCGGGUGUCAGCUUGGAAUCAGAGUUUAAACUAGUGCUGCAACAGGCGCACGACUUACACAGUAGACAGUUGGAGGUCAAGUGCUUAUUCCGCAUGAGUUCCGAGGAGAGAUUUCGAUCGUUCAGAGUUCGAAAGUUCUGCCACAUUCUUCCUGCUGCAGGUUCGGAGCUUGAGUAUUGGCCCCCAUGCCCAGCGUCGGGUGUAAUCGUGAGCUGCAGGAGAACCGUUGCUGAUGGACUUUGACAAAAGCGUUUCGGAGGAAAUACGGAGAAAGAUGUUUAGAUAUGGUGCUGGUAUUCUAUGUAGAAGGUAGCAUAGUGGGAGCAAAGGAACAGAAGGAACGCUGUAUGGGACGAGAUUUGGAACGUAUUCGACAUCAAUUGGACUAUGGACUGAUGUCCAGGAUCUCUGCAUUGAGUAAUGUUCGUCAGUGAAAGUGCAGUCGAUGUCAUCGAUAGAAUACUGGUGCGAUGAGCUCGAGAGGUCGGAACUAUGAGUUGUACAUCAACUCUCGGUUUCAGCAGGUAGAUUGCCAGUUUUUCUCCGAGGAACGGCCUGAGAGGUAGAGCUCUUGGAGUCGUUACUCCGUGCAACCCAUUAAACAGCUAAACUCGUAUUAUAAGUGCGCAGAUCAUCUCAGUGCUUCCGGCGCAUUGAGACGAAUUUUGUAUAGAGCUGGACCUCCCCUGGUUUCAAGAUUACUUCACCACGAUCAUGCUUUACCAGCUUCAUUUGAAGACGUCGCAGGGUGGGCUGUACAUUGAGUAAUGUUUCCGAAUUCAGCUGUAAAUUUCUCUACGAAGGAAUGUUCGAAGCAUAUAUAUUGACGAAUUCUUGUGCCAUCAAGGGGUUAGUAAAAUAUUUUGCCGAAAGCCGCUGCUUCAAAAUCAGUGGAAGAAAAGUAUUUGUCAGGAAAAAAGAUGGAAAACAUCUUGGUCUCAAUCCGUGUGAGACCUCUCAACAAACAGGAAGCGUCAAAAGGAACGCCAUGGAAGUUAACAUCCAACACGAUCACCUUAAACAGUGGAUCGAAUACGUCAGGCCAAACAUUCACAUUCGACAGGGUGUUUGGGACCGACUCCAAAACUGCAGAUAUAUACGAUGCCCAUACGAAAAGAAUUAUUUCCUCCACUGUUCAAGGUUUCAAUGGCACUAUUUUUGCGUAUGGACAAACCAGUAGUGGGAAAACAUAUACCAUGCGAGGCUCUCAAGCUGAACCUGGAAUUAUUCCGCUGGCGAUUCAAGACGUUUUUCGGAACAUUGAAGAAGAGACCAACAGAGAGUUUCUCCUCAGAGUUUCCUACAUGGAGAUCUAUAACGAGGAAAUUAAAGAUCUUCUGGCUCCUGAAAACAGCAAACUUCAAGUGCACGAAAGUGUUGAGCGUGGCAUCUUCGUUGCUGGACUACGAGAAGAGAUAGUCGUCAAUCCUGACCAGGUUCUUCAACUCAUGGAGGCUGGAGAAGCACAUCGUCACAUAGGAGAAACAAAUAUGAAUCUACACAGUAGCAGGUCUCACACGAUAUUUCGCAUGGUUAUAGAGAGCAGGGAUCGAAGUGAGGAUGACCCAUCUGACCGGGCGUUGAUGCAAAUUAGUGACCCUGUACGCGUGUCACAUCUGAAUCUUGUUGACCUGGCAGGCUCAGAAAGGGUUAACAAAACUGGAGCAGAAGGCGCUAGGCUGAAAGAAGGAACUCACAUCAACAAGAGUUUAAUGACUCUUGGGAAUGUCAUAAACAAACUAAGUGAAGGCAUUGAGAAACAAGGGGGCCAUGUUCCUUAUCGUGACAGCAAGUUAACACGAAUUCUGCAGCCAGCAUUAGGAGGCAAUGCCAAAACGUUGAUCGUUUGUAACAUUACCCCCGCAAUGCUUCAUGUGGAUGAAACCAGAGGAACACUUCAAUUCGCGAGUAGAGCCAAUCGAGUCACGAAUUGCGCUCAAGUCAAUGAGAUUAUGACAGAUGCUGCUUUGUUGAAGCGCCAAAAGAAGGAGAUUGAAGAGCUUCGAAAGAAGCUUCAAGAAUCCCCAUCGGAUCACUGGGAAGGAGAGAUUUUGAAUCUCCGAAAUGAACUGCUGAAGACAGAAUUAGAGAAAGAAAGAAUGGCCAUGGAACUACUCGAGACUCAGAAAGCUCAAGCUGAAAGAGAACGCCGGAUCAAAGAGCAACAACAGAAGAUUGAGAAUUUAAGUACUAUGGUUAUCAACUCCGCAGUAGACGAUCGUGACCUUGAAAAGCGAGCCAAGAAGGGAAACCGUCGUGAAACUUGGUGCGCUAGACCUCUUUGCCAGCCUGUUGCGGAGGAGUUUCCAAAAAUCAAGAGGGCUGCUCAGAAAGAUCUGUCAGUUGCUUCCUCCGUUGAAUUUUCACUACCAGUUAGCAAGAAACGCUCAUUUGGUCUACCACCACCAUUUGAGAAGUUGAUGGAGGAUGAAGAGAGCAUGUCUAAAGGCGUAAGCUUCUCAUUCGAUGAAAGUUUAGAGGAUGGAUUCACUACGAGUGAUCACUUUCCUCUCCCAGAACAUGCUGCCCAAUCAUUUGUAGGUGAAAGGAGAAGAAGAUCAUCCAAUGAUUGGGUUACUGGAAAUGAGGUUGAGCAACAAAUAUUUGAACUUCAAUCACAAUACGACAAUCUCCAAUGCGAACACGUGAUCAAAAUGAAAGAGAAAGAGUCCGAAAUUGAGCAGCUUAAGCGAGAAUUAUCACAAGCGCACUCGUUUUACAUGAAGAAAGAUACGAAGCAAAGAAAAUCUCUUGAGACUGACAAGAGAGGAAAAAGUCUGGACGGGUGGAAAGAAAAUGAUUCAUUGGCAACCAUCAAGCAACUACGAACUCAGGUCCGACAAUUGGAGACAGAAAAGCUGUACAUGCAGCGUGAAUUGGACAGUGUGUUGGAUCAAGCCAGAGAACAGAGUGCUGCUGUGAAACAGGAGUUACAAGAGGUUUACCAAGAGUUGAAUGAAGCGAAGGAAGAGUCGACAAAUCUAAAAUCUCAUCUAAGUGUACACGUUAAGCAGAUUCAUCAACUUCAGAUAGAGAAACGUGAUGAAAAACAAGCCUACCUUCAACUGGCAGCGGCAUUUAAGGAGCUUAAAUCUGAAGUGGACUGCAUUUUAGCAUCUCCUAACGUUCUACAGUCUUCGAUAUACGAAAGUCAUCAAGCAAUAACACGCAGCGUGAAAGCUUUUCAGGAAUGUGUAGAGGAUGCCAGAGACUUAAGUGCAAUGGCCACCUUGACCUUUAGUCAAGGAAAUAAUUCAAUCGAUUUCGUUUCGAAAUCGAGGACAGCGACAGUUUCUCAAACUCAGUUGGAAGACCAAAAUGAACUCGGUGUUCAGUCGACAACGAUGGUUCACGAUGGUAGUUUCGGGGGAUGUAAAGACAUUACUUGUCACAAAGCAGUAGGAUUUACUGAGUGCGAAGGACCACAAAUAUCAAAGAAACUAAUUGGCACUUUCAACGGCUGUGGAGAAGAAUACUUAUCUGUCCCUCCAGGAAAAGAGGACAAGUCUUGUCUUGAUGACUUAGAAGUUGAUCGCCUGAGAGAAGAAAACAGAAACUUACGGUCAGUGGUUGAAAGUCUGCAGAGUGAACUCAUCAUAAGAAGAAAUCAGUCGCCGUCAUUGAUUGAGACCGCUAAUGACGAGUAUCCGGAGCUCUCUGUAGCUGUGUAUGAACAUGAAAGUUGGCAGGCGAUGACUAUCGAGGAAAGUGAUCUCCGAGAGCAGACGGAAACAAAUUGCUACUUUACCGUGACCGAACUGGGAGUUGCAGGUCCUCAUUCGGAGUCGUAUGUGGAUUCUGUCUGCCUCGUUGAGGAGCUGAAGGACUCUCCUCAGUCGUCCACAGUCAACAUACGGAGUCCAUCAGCAGAAGGGUUGCGAAAGGAGCCGGUGAAGACAACUGACCUCCAUACAACGAUCUUUGAGAUCGCUGCAGGACAAUCACCAGAUCUUAUUUCCAGCUCUCAAAAUAUAUCAACUGUAGACGAUGAGGUAGACAGGUGCAUAGAGGCAGAUAAACUCGAGCUGCACAACGGUUUCAGUGAGAACGAGGUUCUCGCCUUCUUGAGAAGUCAGUUGGAGUUAGCAGAGAAGGAGAAGCAAAGCUUUUUACUGAGGGAAGCUGCCCUAGAAGAGAAGCUAGAAAAUCUUAUGGCAACUCUACAAGCGCUGGAGGAUGAGCGUAGUUCAUGGACAGAAUCAAGCAGGAAAGCCAGUGAACUGCUUGAAACAGGAGACGCAGAGUUAUUGAGACUUACUAGAAAGCUAUUGAGUGCACGACUUUCUCCAGAGCAGGCACAGAAUGAUAUCUCGACUCAAGAAAAUUUUGCGUCUUCGAACUCAGAUAACAAGCUCUGCAUUUUAGAGGCAGAAUUGGAUCUUGUAAUUGACGAAAAGAGAUCCAUCCAUGAAGCUAUGAGAAAUAUCGAAAGCAAGUUGGAAGUGACGAUGUUGGAGAACGCAAGAUUGCUGCAAAGGGAGGGUAUCCUUGUGGUUGAAUCGGAUCAACUCAAGGAAUCGUUGCAGCUGCUAAAUGAUGAGAUAACUGCAAAGAAGGAACCUUCAAUCGACGCCAAUCAUGACUCACAAAGAGAGGAACUGCUUCAAAGAGAAGCAUCUCUGUUGGGCGAGAUUCGAGACCUCAAAGCGUGUUUGCGUUUACUCGAAAGCGAGGUUGAGAUGAUGAAAAGCGCAUCUCUCGAGUCAGAAUGUAAGAAAAAAACUUUCAUGGAGAGAGAAGCUUCUCUUAUGAAUGAGAUAAAUGAGCUCAAGGCAUCUCUUCAAUCAAUGCAGGACGAGAUUGUCUCUCUCACUGAAACAUCGAACUCUGUACAGUUCGAGAAGGACAAAGUUGUAGAACACGAGAGUGCUCUUGCUGUGGAAGUCAGUCAUCUUAAGGAAUGCUUGCAGCUAAUAGAGGAGGAGAAAAGCUUACAGAACUCAGCUAUUGAUGCAGUUUUAUGCAAAUUAGACUUGGGGCAGGCUGGGCCUCUUGAUAAUCUAGGGGAAGAUGAUAAACUUACGCGAUUAGUAGCUCAGGUUGACAUGCUACUGCAAGAAAAAGUUGGAUUAAAGGAUUCUCUUGACAUUCUUCAAAAGGAUAUGUACUAUGCUUCUACAGAGACAGAAAGGUUGUUACAGAAGGAAGCCACUCUAUUAGAGGAGGUUAUGAGCCUGAAAUCAAAUUUACGAACUCUGGAGGAAGAGAGUAACGUAAUGAUGAUUGCACAUCAGCAGCAAGAAGCAGAGCUCACCAAACGACUCACCAACUUACAAGAAGAGAAGGACAAAUUAAUGAAGAGCUUUCAGGAAGGUGAAAGUCAAAUACUUGAGUUCAGGGCAGCUGCAGCAGACGCAUUUAAGGACAUGGAGACUUGGCAACAGCGUUACCAGUCUGAUUCGUCCCAGUUCAGAUCAGAGAUCAUGGCUUUACGGAAGGAGCUUUCUGCUGCAAAGGCAGCACCUGCUGGCCUUGUGAAGGAGAGGGACACGUUGUACCGCGAUCUUGAAAAGAUCAAAGUGAAGGCGAAGGACACGGAAGCGAAGUUGAAGUCAACCCUUCAAGACAAGAGUAAACUUGAGACAGAGAAAGUGAAUAUGGAGCGGGAGUUGAAGCAGUUGAGACAAAGUAACUCCAUGCAACGAGACAUCAGUAGACGGGACUCAGUAGUCGAUCAAAGACGGCAAUCCAUAGCACUUGGUCUAAAUAAGACCAAGAAUCAGCUCUAUUGUAUUGAAAAUGCACUGCAAGUAAAAACCGAAGAGGUCGAAAGGUUAACAUACGAGCUACAUGCUGCGAAGGAAUCCUACUCGAAGCUUGAAUUCGCCAUGGCUGAAGCCGAGAGCUACUUGAAGGAGCAACUGGCUGAAGUUGAGAAGCAGGUUUCUCAGUUGAGUGAUGAGAAAGCGGCAGUGAUGUCUAAUGCAGACAAACUGAACACGGAUCUGCAAGUAGCUACGGAGCAGUGCAAGGAGAAGAUUUACGAGCUUGGCAGUCUUCAAGAUGAGCUCCGAGAUCUGAGGGAUCAGCUUCUGGAAAGUGAAAGUCACAUUAAGGCCGCAGAACUUUCUGCAGCAGAGCUUGCUCGUGAGAAGGAGGAGAUAGUACAGGAACUUAUUGAUGCACACAUAAAUUUCCAGAAGGAAAAAGCUGACCUGACAUCCCAAGCGCAAGAAAACAGGGACAAAUGCAAUGCCCUCAAUCUUGAAAUCAUUCCUCUAACCGAGGAGUUGCUGAAGGUCAAAAAAUUACAAGAGGAAACAAUGGAAUCCAACAGAAUUCUCCAGAACAGACUCCAAGAAGCUUUGGAGGCCAACUCUGAGAAGGCUUUAAUCCAUCACAAGCAGGUUGAGUUACUUGAUGCAGAUGUUGUUCUCUACAAAGAUCGCUGCAGACAGCUUGAAAAGGAAAUCGAAGAUGCAGUCAAGCGCGAACAAGAUUUCCGAUUGUCUGGCUGUUCUCAGCUUGAGAAACUUCGAGAUGAGCUUCAGUCGUGCAAGAUGAAGUUAUCUGCAGCCGAAGACGCAGAGCAGAGUUUAUCCCUGGAAAACAGAACCAUGCUUACCUCGAACACAAAGCUGCAGGUUGCGCUUGAUGCUAGUAGAGACCGCUUGGAGGUAUUUGAAGGUCGUUUGGAGGAGUCUGACUGGGAGCUUACAGAGCUCAAAAGUCUUCUCCAAAAAGCGGGUAUCAUGCGAGGUAAUGCCUGGAACUUGGUCAGUUUGCAGCAGUUCGAGAAGCAAAUCAAGACUCAAAACGAAGCAAAGAAAUUGGAAGCAGAGCUGGCUAGCAAGAAGCUGGAGAUGAUUGAACUUGAAGUAGAGUAUGAAAAUAUGAGGGGUCAGUGCGAAAAGUAUCAGGAGGAGAUUGAAUACUUGCAAAAGAAAGUACUGACCCCAGAGGAAGAGAUGGAGCAUAAAAAUACUGUUGCGGAAAUGGCAGAGCAAAAUCGCAAGUUGCAAGACCAUCUGCGUAAGGCAGAGGACAAAGCACAGGAGUUCACUGAUAUGGUGAGGAUGAAGGAAGCUUCCCUGACGACAUUGCAGACUACUUUGGAAGGUCUUCACGCCCAGAAUAUGCGGCUGGAGAAAGAGCUUAAUGCCUCUAGGGCGGAACUUCAGUCAGCGCAACAGCUAAACAAACUUGCAUUGAGAGCAGGUGCUAUUGGUAAAGCUACCACUCCGAUGUUCAAAUCAGCCCGACAAGACAAGCUGCAGGCCCAGUCUACUGGACAAUCUACAACGUCUCUUCCAUCGAGCUUAGGUCGUGCUGAGCAAUCCCCCAGUUCUGUCACUAUGGAAGAGAUGAAGGAGACCACUUCAGGCAUGACUCAAAGCUCCCCUGUUUUGAGGCGGAUUCCUCUUGGCGAGAACGCAGCCGUUACGUCUGUCCUUAGUUCCGAAGGAAAGGGUGCGCGAUCAUUUCUGACCUCAUCAAAGCUCCCGCAGAGUGCGAGACCUGGUCCACGAGGUUUUCACUUUCCAGACUCCCGAUACAACCUUCGCCGUAAUAAGGAAAAUUGGGAGAAUAUAUAAUUCCAUCGCAAGGCCCUUCAUCAACUGGAUUCUUCAAAAAGCGUCAAGGAGUCAUAAGCACAUGUUAUACAAUCUUAAACAUUGGCUAGUUGCAUUCUUGCCGGUUCCCAAAAUUUGGGACCGCUUAGAUCAGGAUAUUGCGAUAGCACUUCAGGAACAUCUUGUCUCCCAAUUUGUAUAUCAACUAGGGGAAGAAGAGUACACUCGUAAAGAAAGUACGGGACCGAAAUGCAUCAGUACGAAACUCCUUGGUUUCGACAUGCUCCGGUUCUGGUGUCGACCGAAUCUGUAGACUGGUGCUUCUUGAUUGUACCAUUGUACCAUAAUUAACCAUCAUUAGUAACCAUUCUCCUCCGAAGAAUGUUU